AUGCCAGCAAGAGACGUCGUCGUGUUCGUAUCCUUUGUCGUUGCUGCCGUGGCCACGGCCCAAAGCACAAGGACAGUACCGUCUCAUCACCCUGCCGUUGACCCGCUGCCGUGGAUCCUCGGCACGGUCCUCGGAGUGCUGCUCACGAUCUGCAUUGGACUGUGCGUUAUUUGGAUACGCGAGUCUCGUGAACGAUCACAUGACUCUCCCUUGAAGACCAUCACCAUAUUGCCAUCGUUCUCGUCGUCUGCGUCGCCAUUUUCCGUCGCCGCACCUUUGACGGACGGCCAUCCGAACGCAUCCACGUGGCAACGAGGCAUUUACAAGCUUCGAAGCAGUGCGCAGAACACCCGAGACAGCAACAUCCUGAGCUCCACCACGUUCAACAGUCAACUGUUUAUGUCUGAACGCAGCGUUGCCAUCAUGGAAGACAAAGAACUGGACGACAAUGACUUUGCCACCGCCGGGCGAGGCGGUACUUUAUUGUUGGCGUGGAAGUCCACCGACCUACAGCGCUAUCCGCCGAAUCUGACAGACAGCCGCCGUCAACUACAGAAUCUCGUGCGGCAGUCCAUGGUGUCCGAGACUUCAUCCUUCGAUCUCAGCAGCCGAGGGUGUGAAUUCGUAGACCCCGAUCACCGCGCGCAGUACCUGCACGAUGCCGCACACAAACCGUCACCGUAUUUGGGCUGA